AUGCCUUAUAAUACCCGUCGAAAGUCGUUGUCGCUUCCGUCGCUGGGUAUUCACCUCCCCAACUCUUCCCGUCGUUCGCCUUCCGCCUCCAAGCCGCUUGCGACGGACGAUCAACUGCCUCCGUCUAAAAAAGUAAAGAGGUCGCACGACUCCAUCUCAUUAUCGCCAGAACGCUCUGUCUCCCCCACCUCGUCUUCCAACAACGUCAAGGAGCAUUUGGCUGCUGCCGUGCGUCGGCGCGGCGCUUUCGAGCAUACGCCGCCACCUUCGCCUACCGAUGCUGUCGCGCCCAAGAUCGAUACUGAGGGUAUCAACGAUGACAUUGUGGUUGGGGUGAUUGAGCAGCUGGAGAGCACGGGCAACCGUCCCCAUCUGGUCAAGGAGCUGGCUGCCGUUCUCGUCACUCUCAACGAGAACGUCGCAAAUUCUGCCAACCCCGCCGCUCUUCUUUCUUCGCGCCUGAGCGCGUAUAUGAAGCGUCCUUGGACUGCUCUGGCUCCCUGCCCCAUCGCCAAGGAGCUUAUCCCCAUUCAUCCUCGCAAAGUGUACUACUACCUCACAACAUUACCUCGCCAACCGCUUCCAGAGAACUCGGAUGAUGUGAUUAUCCCGAGUGUCGAUGGCAAGCACAUUACCCCCAGUGUGUCCAGUGUCGACCAGGACGAGGAGGACGCGUACACGCGCCAACGUUCCCCUAGUCCCGAAGUCGACCUGUCGUCACCGGAUUUUGAGGAUGAACACAUGGGUUUGAACGGUCGCGCUGGCCCUGGUGGCUCCGCAAGGCACGGCCAGGACUUUUCUGAUCACCACAACUCGGCGCGCCUGAUGCACUCGAAUCGUGCCGCCUCUCCGCCGCUCGAGGGUGAUGAGAAGGAGUUCACCCAGACCGCCAGUGCCGUUCGCGAGCGGGCCUCGGAGCAAAAGACCACCCAAAUGGGAGCCGGUCUGUCCGCCAUUUCAGAGGGGCUUAGCGCGAUGGAAGAUGGCAGCAUGGUUGUCUCCAACUCUUCCGAAGACGACAGCCCGCUUUCAUCUUCCAUUAGCAGUGACCGCAUGUCUGAUGAUGAAUAUGGCGACUACUUUUCGCAUGUUACCUCUCAUGAGCAGGAACAGACUGGUGACGAAGCCGCAGUUGCUGCUCUCUUUGGCACCUCGCCUUCUCCGUCUCUUACCUCGGUCGCAUCCUCGCUCUCGUCUGGCACGAGUGUCGCCUCGGAUGCCGGUAUGGACCCCGAGGAGCCCAUUGACAGCAUCGUGACUGCGCCUCUGAUCAGCUUGCCCGAAGACCCCGUGGCUUCCGUCUCUUCUUUAAAACGGUCGAUCGACAUGUUGAACAGCGGACUGCCAGAUGUCGACAUGAAGAUGUCGGAUCUGGUUGACCACGAGGAUAAGCUGUCUCUCGGAACAAGACCGACUUUCAAACCCGAUGUUGACAUGGUCUUCGACCCAUGGAGAGAGAUGCAGAACCCGGAGACCGUGGAGGUCGAUGAACUUGACGAGAUGUUUGGAGAAAUCUAA